AUGGAAUAUGAUACUGGCUCGACAGUAACCAUUAUUAAUAAAAUAAUAUGGAAUAAAAUCGGAAAGCCAAAACUUAGAAGGGCUAAAGCACCAACUACAUAUGGAAAUAAUAGAAUAAAAAUUAUGGGUGAAGCUGAUGUAAAAGUACAAUUGAAUAAUAAUAUAAAAUGGCUUCCAUUAUUAGUCACACAAACAAAUGAUGCAGCUCUAUUUGGAUUUCCAUGGAUUAUCGUAUUUGAUUUAGCGUUACCAAAAAAUGUAAAAAUCAAUAUGAUCAACAAUAGAUAUAAAUACAAUGAUAAUGGUAACGUAAAUAUUGACAAACUAUAUAAAGAAUUUGCUACGGUGUUUGAUAAUAAAUUAGGAUUAAUAAAAAAUGUCGAACUAGUAAAACUACAAUUGGAAGAAAAAACAAAACCAAUUGCACUGCCAGCUAGAAGAGUACGAAAUUGA